AUGGCAGCCUCCGAAGUGAAAUUUCCUUCAUUUUACGACUCCAAAUUAAGUACAAAAGUUGUUAUAGUUCUCUUUGUAUUAGCCAUACUUUUCUCACAGUUUGACCUUGUAGUAUGUUCACCAUUCUGUGGCACCCUACCAUUGCCUCGUACGUACAUCGUAUAUCGUCUAGAACCCGGCGAAGUAAUUCAUGUUGAUGGAAAACUGGAUGACGAUGCCUGGACAAAUGUUGCACCGACUGAACCAUUUGUUGACAUCCAAGGUUCAGACUUUCCUGCACCUCGUCUUAAUACCUGGGCGAAGCUUAGAUACGACGACAAAUACCUUUACAUUGCUGGCUACCUACAGGAAACGGAUGUCUUCGCUAAUCAAACUAAACAUGACUCUGUAGUUUUCCAAGACAAUGACUUUGAGGUUUUCACAGAUCCAGAUUGGAGUACCCAUUGGUACAAGGAGUUUGAAAUCAACGCCAUCAACACAACAUGGGAUCUCAUUUUGAAUAAGCCUUACAUUAAUGGCGGCUCACCAAAUAACAGUUUUGAGAUGCCAACAAUGAAGAGCGCCAUCUUUGUCGAUGGACCGAUCAACAAUCCUAUCAUUAAAGAUUCGUAUUGGACAGUUGAGAUCGCUAUGCCAUUGAAAGAUCUUGUUGUGCGUGACACCAUGGCUAGAGCACCACCUAAACACGGGGACCAGUGGAGAAUCAAUUUCAGCAGAGUUGAGUGGCACGUGAGAAAUGUAAACGGACACUAUGAAAAGGUACCUGGCCUACCUGAAGAUAACUGGGUGUGGUCACCGCAGCAUGUUAUCAAUAUGCAUCUACCUGAAAGAUGGGGAAUAAUCCAGUUCAGCACAGAUAAGGUCAACAGCACCAAGUUUGCUCGGGAUCCAAAAUGGCCGAUGUACCAGAGCUUGGUGGAACUGUACAACGCUGAAAAGAUAUUCAAUGCCAUCGCUGGCUACUACACCAGUAAUCUGACUCAACUAGAUCUGCCAGAGUAUGUAAUGGAAGGGCUUUGUGCAGGAAUACCAGAAGUAACAGUUAUAAAAACCUACAGCUUUACUGCAACAGUGAAACCAUUGGACGGGUCCUUACCAACGGGACACGUCAGAGAUGAUAGAUACAUAUGGUUCACUUGAAGAAUUCCUAAAAUCAGAUACUUACUUAAAACUUUCUUAACAUGCUUUCAUAAUGGCUCUCAGUCUAUGACUUCCAAGUAGUAACCAAAUCACUGACAUAUUUUUGUUGUUGAUAAAAUCUCUUUUUACGAUUUAAUUGUGAAAUAAGAAAAGGCAGCUUUUAUAGAUGUAGUGUAGGAGGGUUCAACUCAAAAACAAAAAUUGUUUUUUUUUUUGUUAUCUGAAAUUUUCUUCAGUUGUCAAUUAUCAAUCAUCUCUUUUAAGGACACAUAAGAUUCAAACUGCCUCUAGCUACUGGGCAAUCUUGGUAGUGUAGUUGGUAAGACACUGUUGGUAAGAAUUGCAAGG